AUGAGGUCGUUUUGUGGUGAUGGAGCGCGCGAGACGGUUGAGGAAGAAGAGAAACUUCCUCCUUCUGAUUCUGAGAGGGAAGAACCACAACAAAGCCCUGAUCGUUGCUCUUUAACCUUACUUGGCAAUCACGACAUCAAUGAAAACCCACCAAACCCUAAUUCUCAAACUUCUCCGUCAAGCGGAAAGAGAAGGAGUACUAGUGGUGGAUUCAAGAAAGUAAAGAAGCCUAGACCUCAUGAACCACCUGAGGCUGUUUCGGAAGUUGUCUCUCCUCCGAAGUGGCUUGAUCAGGUGAUGAAAUUCAAGGAGGAAACAAAGGCUCCCCAUCGAAUAAGUAAGGCCCCGUUAACUUGUGAAGACGCGAGGCUCAUCUUCGAGAAGGAAUUGUCUGUGAGUGAUGUUAAUCCAAAGCAGAGCCGUUACUUAAUGCCUUUCAAUCAGCUGAAAAGAAACGACUUCUUGACGCAAGUGGAAUCGAGUUUCAUAGAACAAGAAGAAGAUGAGGAAGGUGACAAGCCUGGAAUUGGAGUGAUUCUCGUGAAUCAAAAGGCUGAAAAGUGGUUUGAAGAAGUACUCUGCUUUGCCUUAGGGACAGUCUGA